UAUUCGCUGUGUGGCUCUCUCACUCCUGAGGCUAUUUACAAUAUUAAAUUCUGCUCUUUCCUUUAAAAUACCUGUUUUUUUUUUCUAACUUCUUAACUUGAUGGCACAAAGAAACAUGGAGGAGUUUCCCUGAAGGAAAACUUCUUUGCACAACCGGCACGAAGUGUGGCAGCUGAAAGUGGCCGAGGGGUAAGACAAGUUUUAUUAUCUGCAUUCUUCACUAAAAAGCAGCUGUGCAGUGAGUUUUAGCUUCUUAAGGUGUGACUGUGUAAUUCUGAAACUGGACUGAAGCUGAAGGUGUGAAGAGAAAAGAGAAAAGAAAUGUUUCAGCUCGAGUGGGCGACCGCAUGACUUUGAUCUAAAUCACAUACAAAUGACCAGCUGCUCAAGUUUCAUCACUAAAGGGUGAAGUAAAAGUUUUACUGAUAACUUCUGCACCAGCACAGAAAUACAACCAACAGUGUUGUGUGCCAGAAAUACAGACGCAAGAAAAGCAAACAGACAUUAAAAUGAGCCUUUGUUCAAAUGAUGAAGCUUUGAUUCUUUUUAUUUAUGACUUUAAAAAAAAAAAAAAGGAAAAGCUAACGGCAUGUGCACAGGUCUGGGCAGAUCAACGUAAUUCAUUUGCUCAAACAUUUAUCACUAAAUAUUAAUUUACAGUUUAAAUAUGUCAUGGUGCUUUUUAUUUAUUUAUUUUUUAAAAUACUGUUUGUGGGCCGAGCUGGCGCGUGCACCGCGGGGACCCUGCCGCUGCUGAUUUGGUGACAGUGAUAUUAUUUUGGAGAAGUACUCUGAGGAAGUAUCGAGCCAAAAUACUUUCACAGUACAGUGCUGUGAUAAUAUACAGAAUAUAUUCAGUCAUAUUUCAGUCACAGUGUAUUUUCCUUAUGGCUGCAGUUUCACAUGCUUGUAAUCUGUUUAAGGCGGGUUUCUUUCUCAGUAUGUGACAGAGGCAUUCACACUGUAGUAGUUUACAACAUGUCGGAGCCACUCUGAUGUGUUAACUUGAUUCUAUGCACUCGUCUGUGUGUUAUCUGCUGUAAACUCUCCUAUGGUUUCUUAUCAGGGCCAGCGGAGGAAAUAAUCAUCAUGAUCAUAAUCAUAAUAAAUGUCAGUAGUUGUAAUAGUAAAGACCAAAUCAACAUUUAAAUUACUGAGAGGUUUAAAGGUAAAUGUAUAAAAUACAUUUUGUCUAAGUGGUGAUUGUGUGAUGCUGCGUUUUUAAGGUGGUAAUUCAUAAACAAACCUAAGUAUAACUUUGAAUGUUGAAUGUCUAAACACAUCUGAAGAUGCAUAAUAAAAGUGGAUAUCAGUAACAUCAAUUGAAGGGAGUGUGUCUGACUUUUUGUUUUAAACUGUGCUCUGCACAAUAUUUCCAGCUCCCACAAACAAAAUUUCUAAAUUGUUAAUUUAUAUGCACAGUUCAGUCCGUGACUUCUGCUGCAAAAUCAGUUUUGUGUUUUAGUAGAUUCUUAAAAAAAAAUAACACCAUAAACUGUAUCACCCUUCAGUCUACUGAAUACCCUACUAAGCAGCUUCACUGUGAUAUAUGAUACGAUACGGGGUACGGUUAUUUGGUUGCUAAACGUCCUUGACGGGUCAGAAUUCCAGCAAUGUCCCUGAAUGUCUUUUAACAUGCAACAAACCCGUGAAUGCCAGAACACGGCGUCCUGUCUCCACGGCUGAGGUGAACACAAACACAAACCAUCACAAAAAGCUUUGACAUCCUGCACGCUGAAAAACUACGAAGCACAGGAAGCUGUUGCUUUCUCUCUCUUCGUGUUUGUGUGAGGCCAAUGCGUUCUCACAGACUCGUGUCAUAUUUUUCACCUAAAUUUGUGUAAAUCAGUAUGAAAUUUUGCAUAAAACACAGGACGUUGUUUGGCUCUUUCGGGGGGUAUUCUGUGUCUGUGGUUGUGUGUUUUAGAGGGUAUCUUUCAGACUGCACCAGCUUCCUGACUCCAGCCCUGUCUCUGUCCAGGCAGCUGCCUUCUCUGCACUUCACUUCUCCGUCAAGUGAAGGAGGAAAUCCCUUCAAAGCUUUUCCGCAGACUAUCUGAGGAGGAGCAGGAAACUGGGCCGUGGUGCCGCCCUCGGCCACAUUACAGCACAGUCCCGUUUCAAUUAGGACACGCUGUAGUAUCGUGUGUAUAUGUUGGCAGACCCGCACAGAUAAGUGAGGACAUAACGGCACUCCCUUCAUUUACAGAUGGAAUCAUCUGCACACGAUAAACACUGAAACGCAGUUUGUAUGAAACGAGUGAAAACUAAACCUUGCUCAGAUCGGUGUGUGACGAACGAUGGACCAAAGGAACAGUUUUUAUUCUAAAUCCAAAUCUGUUUAUUCAAAGCAACUGAUGGUUGGUUGGACAAAACCUGGGACUGUCAAUAAUGACAAUAAAUAUUAGUUGUUGCCUUAACUUGUGCGUCCUGUCAUCUCUCUCUCUCUCUCUCUCUCUCUCUCUCUCUGUCUAUCCUCCAUCUUCACACAUUCAUUUAUGAUUAGAUUUUUAUGUGUCCCUUAUCUGCUGCCGUCGUCUGUCACUCAGCCUGUUUAUCAGGUGCGUGUCACCGUCGCACUCACACAUGCAUGCACAUACACAGCCAGCACAGCUCGGAUAAAGAGGGUUGGGCUUCUGUCCUAACACACUCAGCUCUCAGUCCAUCCCAGGUCAGAGACUGGCCUCGGACAUUACUGCUGCCCACCGCUGUCCACCAUGAUCCUGUACCUGCUCUUCCCUCUUCUUAUCAUAGGUACUGAGGAAUCACAAACCGCCAACAUGACAGAGGAAGAGCGGAACAAAGUACAGGGGAACCAAACAUUCAGUGUGUCCACCGCGAACAACAAUAUGAUGAAACCAGACAACGUGACAUCCACUUUGUACAAAGAUGAGAGGAGUCAAAUUGAGAAGGAACUGCAAAACAACCAAACAUCUCAGAUCAUCGCGGAGGAGGAUGAAAAUUUUCAGGACCAGGAAAAUUUGUUCGUAUUCAGACAGUGCCAUCAGGGUCUGCUGGUGAACCUUAGUCACAUUAUUUGUGGAGAAGCUUUUCAAAGUGAAAUGCUGAAAAUGAGCCCAGAAAACUGGUGUGUCCUGGAAAAUAUCAUCAGACCGUACAGUGACAUGACAUAUUGCUUGGAGCAGCUGUCUGCACUGACUGGCUGCUAUUAUCCAAACCCCAGCAUUCAAGAUUUCUUCAUCCAGAUCCACUCCUCCUACUUCCACAGCUGUACUGGGGAGCGCGUGUUCGAUGAUGCACCUCACACGGUGGUGAUGACCCUCACACUCAUCCCUGUGAGCCUCAUCCUGGUUUAUCUGCUGGUUUGGAGAUGUAAGGUUCAACAGUGAGUCGUGUUACACGCUACAGAUGAGAAUAUGCUCCAGAAUCUGCUGCAGAUUUUUUACAGGACAGAAACCAUAAACUGAAAUGUGGUUAAGCAAAUCGAAAUGUAUAAUUAUGCAGAGUUAUUAAUUUUUACAGGCAUUUCAAUGCGUACAUAUGAGAUUUGGAGAAAUAUGCUUCUUUGCUUCUUAGUGUAUGCUAACUAUUAAGCCAGAGCAGGGGUCCGGCAACCCGCGGCUGCAGAGCCGCAUCUGGCUCUUUCACCCGCUGUAGCUCCCUGUGACUUGAAUAAAUAAUGAGUAUUUAAUUUAAAUGUAUUUUUAUUUUACUUAGUUCGUUUUUUAAUGUAAUUCUAAAUUUUAAGAUUAUGCCGAUCUUGUAACAUUAAAAUAAAACGUUUUUAUUUUUUUGUCGCUCAAAAUAUGCGUCACAACCGCCGACGUGCGACACCCGGCGGCAACAUUUACCGAGCUUUUCGACCCCCGGCAGGUAAACGAUGGAUAAAUCCAAGAAAAGUUUGACAAACGACAGCUUACAGUCGUGAUGUGCUGAGGUUCAGGAGCAAAAAAUCACAUUAACCAGGUAAAAUAAAUAUUUUAAUUAUAGGCUUAACUAUAGGCUAUUAUUUUGCAAAUAUAUAUUUCGCAUUGAUUUCAAAAAUGCAACACACUAUAAUUUUUAUAUAUAGCACGCAGGUAAAAAAAAAAAAAAGAUGCAGUGUUAUUCUCAUUUUAGAUGUCUGGGUUCUGUGGCUCUGGGUGUUUUCUGUGGGACUCGGUCCAAAUGGCUCUUUGAGUAUUUAAAGUUUCCGACCCCUGAGCUAGAGCCAGCCGCUGGUUAGCUUAGCUUAGCAUAAAGACUGGAAACAGGGGGGAACAGCUAGCCUAGUGGAUUUUCUUCCACCUGUCAGCUGCUCCCCCACGCUUCCAGUCUUUAUGCUAAGAAGCUAAGCUAACUAUCAGUCUUCUUAUCUAACCCACUGACUGACAGCUUUUAUUUAGUUUCACAUCACAUGAACGAUGCAGCCAUUUUAACGGUUAAUAAGAAGGUAAAUGGACCAGUUAACAUCAGUCCUUCGCAGUCAGUAACUGUCUGAGGUCUUUAACCCACAGACAUCAGCACACGCUUGGUGCAAUAUGUGGUCAAAAGUAUGUGGACGCCCUAAUGUAGUUGUUAAAUAUGUCAUUUUAAAACCAUGGACAUUAAUCUGCUGCUGUAACAGUGGGCUAGUGGCCACCCAUCCAGUCCUCUGUGAAGGCUUUCCACCAGACUUCCAGUCUGUGUUCCAGUUCAUCCCAAACGGUGUUGGGUGGGGCUGAGGUCAGGACCCUGCGUGGGUCAGUCAGGUUCUUCCACACCAGACUGCGAAACCCACUUCCUCUCCGUGUACAGACGCAUUGUCAUGUUGAAACAGGAAAGGACCAAACACAAGCUGCUGCAAAGAAGCUGAAAGGUCUCAGUUGUCUAAAACAUCGUUGUAUGUUGUAGCAUUGAGAUUUCCCAGCACUGACGCUAAAGGACCUUCACUGAAAACAAAGGAAGAAAUUCACCAUUUUCUGGCUGCAGUACACUGUAUAUGGCAAGACUGCUUGAAUCACAUCUUUGGCAAAUCACCUCAUGGAAAUUCCUGUUGUGAAUAUGAUACAGUGAUCAAUUGUGAAGAAAAUAAAAGUCUGGGAUGUCAACAUAA